AUGAUAUCUUGCCUGCCGCCGGCAUUUGGACUUGGGGCUCUGCUGCUUCGGCAGGGCAAGUCCGCGACACGCGAUUGGCUGGAAUUCGUCCUCGAUGCCUCCAAGCAGUUGUUUGGUUUCGUCCUGCUCUGGGCCCUCCACUUCUCGAGGCCCAGUGACGAGGCCCUGAGGCUGUCUGGGCCUGUUGCAGAGGCCACAUGCGGAGUUGUCUUCCAGUAUUUGUUGCUCCAGAGCCUCAGCAGAGUCAUGGAGCUCUCUACUGGCAGUGCAGACUUCCGAACUGGGGAAUACCGGAACGAGGAGGCCUCCAUUGUACCAGGCAGGUACCUGCGGCAGCUUCUGGUCUGGCUGCUCUGCGUGGCCUCCUCCGAAGCGGCGCUGUGGGCGCUUUCGGUCCCCAGCCUCUUCCGGGGCCCUGUGGCCUUGCUGUUAGAAGUGACAUCGUGGAGCUCCAGCCUGGAAGACUUGACAGAACUGUUCGCGCCUUGCCUUGCCCUGGCCGUGCAACUCUGGCUCACGGAUGCCUUCAUCCAAAAGGGUGGCUUGCCACCCUGGCAGGCUGCGGCCUUGGUGCUCUGGGCCCUGGCAAGCGCUGCUGGGAGCCUGCUGGGCGCGCUGGCCGCAACCUGCCGAGGCUUCCUGAGGCUGUGGCCGUCUGCUGGGGGGCCGCUGGGUGAACCUCUGGUGUCGGAUCUGGAAAAGGGCCCUGGCGAGACAGUCCUGGCCAGCGGCCAGGCGAAGGACGCAGCGCCACCAGUGCCGGAGGUGCCUAAGGCUCGUGGCGCGCUGCUGCGAGCGGCCGUGGCCGAGGAUGCGGACUUCAUCUCCCCUCCCGCGCUGCCAAGCCUGCCGACGCCGCGAGAGAAGAAGCCGUGGCUGGCGCCCUUGGCGCCCUUGGCGCCCGCGCCCGUGGCCGACCUGGGCCCGGCGAAGGCACCCUUCCAGCAGUUCCAAAACUUGAGUGGAAUGUUUGCUGAGCGAGACUCCGAACUCAAAGAGUUGCACGAAGAACUCGAUGAGCUCCUGGGCGGCCUCGGCCUCGAACACUUGAUGCAAGCGUCACCGAUGUCACCGCCUUCGCCUUCUCCGGCCUCACGACCAUCACAGCCUGAGCCGCUCCGCACUGCCGGCUCCGGCUCUGUGAAGGGUGUUGCGAAGAGUGUCAAUGGCGCCCCUGGUGUGGCAACGCCUGGCAAAGGCCGGAGCCACGGCCAAAGCCAAGACCAUAGCCAAGAACAAGCUGCUCAACCCGCCCCCCAUCUUGCAAGCGGCUGUCUCAGGGCACCGCAGAAUGCGCGUGCCGCUGCAGAGGCGGAGGCGGAAGGCCUCUUGCUACCAAUGCCGCAAGGGCCUGCUGCACCUACGCCCAGGACGGUCUGGGGAAGUCCUCAAAGCUCUGGAACCUCACCACAUUCACCUCACCAUGCUGCUGGGUCAGUGAAGUCCGCGCCAGGUGCCGCGCCAUGCUUGCCAAAGCAAUCGGUGUCCGGCCCCGCACCUGCAGCCUCGGAGAACGCAGCCUCGCCACAACGGAAGUCGCGGCGCUAUGACGUGUUGGACAGGAAGAUCGAGUCCUUGCUGUCAGCUCUCGGAACUUCGAGUGCGCGGCCGUCCAAUGGGGAGAAUGGCUUUCCACGCGAGGAAGCAGGCCAAAGUGCGCCCAGCGUGGAUGAGAGGAUUCAGCGUCUUCAAAAGAAGAUGGAGCAGCUGUUUCAUGAGCGUGUGCAGGGUGAAGCAACUGGCGAAGCUGCCCCCUGA